UUCGCGGUAGUUUCUUGCGCAGACGCAGUGGCUUUGCCAUGGCGGAGUUGAUUUCUUUCGUGGUUCCCACCCAGAGUGAUAAAGUUUUGUUAGUGUGGGAUCUGAGUGCUGGUCCCCAAGCCGAGGACUUAAGUCAUUCUCUGUCUACAGUGUUCUCCCAGUUUGGCCUUCUGUAUUCAGUCCGAGUCUUCCCGAACGCUGCAGUGGCACGCCCUGGUUUCUACGCCGUCAUCAAAUUUUACUCAUCGAGAGACGCGCAGAGAGCCCAAAAGGCAUGCGACGGGAAGCCUCUUUUUCAGACAUCACCAGUGAAGGUUCGUCUCAGCACCAGACACAAGGCACUGCGACAUCGGGCCUUUGCGCUAAACAGCUCACGUUGCCAAGAGCUGGCAAAUUACUACUUCGGCUUCAAUGGAUGGUCAAAAAGGAUCAUCAAGAUGCAGGAGCUCUCCGGACCGGAGGACGGGGCUCUCCCAGUGCCUGUGCAGAGGCAGAGCCUCAGGUUCCUCUGUGCUGUGGAGGUGGUGUUGCCAUCAUACGGGUGCAGGAGCCCUGGAGUCGGCGUCGCUGAGGAGCCUUUGCACCAGCAACAGGAGGAAGGAGAAUCAUCAUUUCUGAUGAAGAGGAAGACAGCUCAGAAGCUUGUGGUCCAGAGUGCUUUGUCAGAUGCCUUCCAGAAGCUGGCCAUUGUGGUUCUGGAAAGUGGCAAGGUCGCGGUGGAGUACAGACCCAGUGCAGAGUCCAUAGAUCCUGCAAGUGAAGAUCUGAGGGGCCUAAUCCAGGUCAGCUGCCUUCCAUGGGAUCAGUCCAGCCAAAGGGAGGAAGAAUGUCUCUCGGAUUUCAGCUUGGAAGAGGAGGAACCGAAGCUGUAAGAACCGCAUAACACUCCUGGCUGUGAGAGGCCCUGCCGUCUGACUUUCUCAGGAAGUUCUACGUUUCUGGUCAGCGGGCCGCUGGCAUCCUCGAACAUCCAAAUAUUGCGAAGAGGAACCGGCCAGAAAGGCGGGCGCGGUGCAGCGCAGAGACGGAGGCGCAGACGGAACGCGCUGGGCGGGGGCAUGCAAAUGAGGACGCGGCCGCGUCUCCCCGGGAACUCUGGGAGCGAAGAGAGCAACGAGAAGCCCUCGGCCCACGCAGCUCUCAGGGCUUUCCGUGGAGUUAGAGUCGUGGUGCGGAUAAAGCAGGAGGGUCGGCGUCGGGCGCGUGUCUGCGGGCGCGCGAGCGUGGGCGACCGUGAUGUGAAGGUGAGCGCGCGGGUGAGUGCCGCGGUGCGGUGUGAGCGGCUAGUUAUCGCUUCUCGGCCUUUUGGCUAA